UGUAAAUUUCCAAAGUUAGUUUUUUUGUGCAGAUCGAAGGUGAGACCGGCACCCCGAUGCCCUAGAUCUCUUUCUACAAACGUGAGGGAGAUCGGAAUAGCAGAGGAGUUUAAGCAUGGCGGAAGCACGGAGGAGGCACUCCUUCGAAGAAGGGCCGCCUAGUCCCGUUAAGCAUCCCUCCACCUCCACUUCCUCCUCCGGCAGCGGCAAUCCACAAACCCUCGACGGCUCCUUCCUUCUCCAGCUUCUUCAGAAGACGCCUCAAGCAGCGUCAUCCUCUUCCUCACACCUUAUUCUUCCCCACGAAGCUCUUCCUCCUUAUCAGGACCCCGCCGUCGCUGCAGUAGUUCCUGGAUUUUCCUUCCUUCCUCAUAGCUUAUUGGCCCAUUCCCAGCCCGCGAGUUUUUCCCCGACCUCCUGGGCACCCCCGGGCUUUACUCCUCCUGAUGUCAGGAAUCCCAAUUUUUCGGGAGGGCAGCGGUGCUUCCCGAUGGACGAUGGGAGGUUAGGGUUUACUCCGAGUGAAGUCAUUCCACAUAGUUCCGCUCUAUUGAACAGUAAUGUCCGUCAGGGUUGUCCGCGACCGCCUCAUGACGGGUUUUUGGCUUCUAAUAGUACGGGAAACCUUAGCGGGAAGAAGGUGACUGGUUAUCGGGGCCAAGAGGAGAUAGCUUCUAUUAGACCUCCCCCUGGAUUUGGGAAAGCCGGCUUUGACGGUUUGGCUAAAUUUAAUAGCAAAAUGGAAGGUGUUUCCCGUAGUCAAAUUGGUUCUGCUGGGUCUAACCGGCAAUGGAGACCACAUGGUCGUCCUGAGUGGAGGCCUGAUUACAAUGAGGAAGGCAGGAGUGCAGCAGCAUUUAAAAUGUUGCAGAGAUUGGAAUCUCAAAAAGAGAGGACAGGGAGACAAGAUGAGAAGCAAAGGGACGGUAGGAUCUUGGAUAAUGAUGCACGGCAUAGAAGAUUGCCAAAUGGAUAUAGUGUUUAUAGAGAAAAGCAUUCUCACUCUUAUUACCCUGGUCCUAUUCUGAACAACUGUGAUUUCAUGGGAGAGAAAUCUAGUGGAGAUUUUGAUAAAGAUUUGAUGGAUAAUGAAAUCGAUGAACAAAGCUUUCAGAUUUUGGAACAAUUAGAUCAUGUUGAAAUUGGACAAAUUUCUUCUAAACAUGAGGCUUCCAAUGAAGAUGAUUUGCUAGGAGAACAGCUUACAGCAGAUCGUAGUGACCAACAGCCAUCCGGAGAGGCAAAAGAGAAGAGAAAUUUGCGGGGUAAGCAGGAUGCCAGGAAGGAUUUCUUUAGAGGUUAUAGUGUAUCGAGCCAACGAAUCAGGAUCCGAAAAAGAGAAUUACAGAGACGCCCUGACUUGGACAGUUUUGGACCUCAUUUCCUUUCUAUUUUUAAGUCUCUUUUACCCUCAGAGGUUGAAAUAAUUAAGCAAGAACAGUUGUUACUCUUGCUGAGGAAGUUGGUAAAGAAAGAAUGGCCGGAUGCUGAACUCCAUGUCUAUGGUUCAUGUGCUAAUUCGUUUGGGGUUUCAAAUAGUGACAUUGAUGUUUGUCUCGCAAUAAAGGAUCACGAGAUAAGCAAGCUUGAUAUUCUAUUGAAGUUGGCUGAUAUUUUAAAGUCUAGUAAUCUCCAAAACGUUCAGGCACUUACCCGUGCUAGGGUUCCUAUUGUAAAGAUGAUGGAUCCUGCAACGGGAAUUUCUUGUGAUAUCUGUGUAAACAAUCUUCUAGCUGUUGUCAACACCAAGCUUCUUAAGGAUUAUGCUCAAAUUGAUCAGAGAUUAAGGCAGUUAGCAUUUGUUGUGAAACAUUGGGCCAAGUCUCGUCGGGUGAAUGAAACAUAUCAAGGAACCCUUUCUAGCUAUGCCUAUGUGUUGAUGUGCAUCCAUUUCUUACAAACACGGAAACCGGCUAUUCUUCCUUGUUUGCAGGGGAUGGAGGCAACUUGUAGGGUUAUUGUGGAAGACACUGAAUGUGCCUUCUUUGAUAAAGUUGAGAAACUAAAGAACUUUGGAGCCCGGAACAAGGAAAGCAUCGCACAACUACUAUGGGCAUUUUUCCACUUUUGGGCAUACUGGCAUGAUUAUACAAAUGACGUUAUAUCUGUACGUACUGGAAGAAUUAUUAGUAAGCAAGAAAAGGAUUGGACGAGACGGAUUGGUAACGAUCGCCACCUUAUAUGCAUUGAGGACCCUUUUCAAGUUUCGCAUGAUCUCGGCCGCGUGGUCGAUAAGUUCAGCAUCAAGAUUCUGAGGGAGGAAUUUGAAAGGGCUGCCGAUAUACUGCAAUAUGAUCGGAAUCCGACUGUCGCUCUUUUUGAGCCUUAUAUACCAGGCUCUCCUCCAAAAUUGGGUCCCACUGAGGCUGAUGAGUCAAUUUAGAAUCAACUUCAUUCUAUAUCUAAUAUCUAUAUAUAAUAACAUUUUGGUAUGUGAAUUCAUGAUUGUGUUGUUUUAUAGGGGUUUGUGAUUUGUAUGCUAAAGUUAAAAGAGUUUAAGGUUGUUAUUAAUGGAGGAUGUUAUGGCAUCCAGUGCAGUCUAUGAGUUAUAUUAGUCUUAAUUGUAUAUAAUCCAUUAAGCGUAUCCUAAAAAAUGUCUGGCAUAUUUGGUAAGUAUUUUGUGCUAAUA